AUGGAUCAAAGACUUCUAAAAAAUGACAAUCAGCAUCAGAAUGAAGAUUAUGCUCCCAUUAGAGAUGUGGAAGACAAUCAUUUAGGCAUCUAUGACAAACCACUUCCUUGCUUUGGCUGUGGAAUAGGAUGGUUUUUUCUUCUACUCGGGUUUGUAUGCCCCUUGUUGUGGUAUUAUGCCACUAUUCUUUACUUUGGGAAGUAUUACCACAAAGAUCCUAGAGAACGAAUGGGGCUUUCAGCAAAUGCAAUAGCUGCUUUGAUAUUUACUGUGGCAGUGGUGAUUACGAUUGCUGUUAUUGAGUUACAAGUUAAGAAAAGUGGUAUUAGAGGAGGUUAUUCUUGGUAA